GGCUGUGUCACGUGACGGGUGCGCCGGGCGUUGGCUCCUCCCUCACCAAGAUGGCGUCCCUGCUGCAGUCGGAGCGGGUUCUCUAUCUCGUCCAAGGAGAAAAGAAGGUUCGGGCCCCGCUCUCACAGCUCUACUUCUGCCGCUACUGCAGUGAGCUUCGAUCGCUGGAAUGUGUGUCGCACGAGGUGGACUCACAUUAUUGUCCCAGCUGCUUAGAAAAUAUGCCAUCAGCUGAAGCCAAAUUAAAAAAGAACAGAUGUGCCAACUGCUUUGACUGUCCCGGAUGCAUGCACACCCUUUCUACCCGAGCCACAAGCAUCUCCACACAGCUUCCAGAUGACCCAGCCAAAACCACCAUGAAGAAAGCCUACUACUUGGCCUGUGGAUUUUGUCGAUGGACAUCUAGAGAUGUGGGCAUGGCAGACAAAUCUGUAGCUAGUGGUGGUUGGCAAGAACCAGAAAAUCCUCACACGCAACGGAUGAACAAGUUGAUUGAAUAUUACCAGCAGCUUGCUCAGAAGGAAAAGGUUGAACGAGAUCGCAAGAAGCUGGCACGGCGAAGAAAUUAUAUGCCUUUGGCUUUUUCGGACAAGUACAGUCUUGGGACCAGGCUUCAGCGACCACGAGCUGGUGCAUCCAUUAGUACACUUGCUGGACUUUCCCUUAGAGAAGGAGAAGACCAGAAAGAGGUAAAGAUUGAGCCAGCUCAGGCUGUUGCUGAAGUGGAGCCUCUGCCUGAAGACUACUACACACGGCCAGUGAACCUAACAGAGGUGACCACCCUUCAGCAGCGCCUCUUACAGCCUGACCUACAGCCAGUCUCUGCUUCCCAGCUUUAUCCUCGACACAAGCACCUUCUGAUCAAACGGUCCCUGCGCUGUCGGAAAUGUGAGCACAACUUGAGCAAGCCAGAAUUUAAUCCAACAUCCAUCAAAUUCAAAAUCCAGUUGGUUGCUGUCAAUUAUAUUCCAGAAGUGAGAAUCAUGUCAAUCCCCAACCUUCGCUACAUGAAGGAGAGCCAGGUCCUCUUGACGCUUACAAAUCCAGUGGAGAACCUUACCCAUGUGACUCUGUUGGAGUGUGAGGAGGGGGACCCCGAUAAUAUCAACAGCACUGCUAAGGUGGUAGUGCCUCCCAAAGAGCUCAUCUUAGCGGGCAAGGAUGCAGCAGCCGAGUAUGAUGAGCUGGCAGAGCCUCAGGACUUCCAAGAUGACCCUGACAUUGUAGCUUUCAGAAAAGCCAACAAAGUAGGCAUCUUCAUCAAAGUCACCCCACAGCGUGAGGAAGGGGAAGUGACCGUGUGCUUCAAGAUGAAACAUGAUUUUAAAAACCUGGCUGCCCCGAUCCGCCCAGUGGAAGAAAGCGACCAGGGCGCAGAGGUCAUCUGGCUCACUCAGCAUGUGGAACUGAGCUUCGGCCCUCUUCUUCCUUAAAACAGCUGCCUGGUGGGCGGAUCCCACCCACAGCCGUGUCACCACGACUCCAACAGUGCGGAGGCUGCUGCUGCACCAGACGUGUUUAUAAAGAUGUACCCAUCACUACUGAAUCCUGUGGCGGAGGACAGGCCAGGGUUGGGAGCACAGGGUAACUGCUGUUGGCACCAGUGAGCCUGUCUCUCUCUGAGCCCUGCUCGUUGAAUAACCACAUAGCUCCAUCCCAGCAAAGGAGCGGCUGUUCCUCAGAGGGGCGUUAGAUUUACUCCCUAAGAAACGUGCUAUGUACCUGUCUCAGCGUAUCAGAAAACCUUAGGAUGGAAAGCCAGAGCAGACCUUGUCUUCGUGCCAUGCAUUGGUCUUGGUGUUCCGACGGCUUUCUGCAUUCCACUAAGGAUGACUCUGUAAUCCUAACCCUUCAUAGCCUUGCCUCUCACUCUGCCAUUGAUUUCCAUUUGACAGAGCAGUAGGACUGUGUCUUUAACUUUGUAAUGACAGGGCAACCUGUCACUUGCCUAAGGCACUUUGUUUCUUCCAAAGGAACACGGUAUACCUGUCACUUGCUUGUCAUUUUCCUCACUAGUAUAUGGGACUUUUAAGAAUUUGAGUGGCAAGCAAUUACAUGUCAAAAAAUUCCACUUGUUUUAAUAUUACCACAGUACCCAGGGGCUAGCGCUGCCGCAGGGAGACAGCCUGUAUCUCACUGUCUGCCCUUCUCUGUCUGUUUCUGUUUGUUUUUCAGACAGGCUCGCUCCUGUGACUCUCGCUGGCCUGCAACUCCACCUGCUAGGAUUAAAGAUGCUUGCCACCAUGUCCAGCUCGCUGCCUGUUCUGUAAAGCAAGGAAUUGCUCUACCGUUGGGGCUUUUAGGAAGAGCAGGGGCAUUUGUGUGGACUCUCUGCUGCAUCACUUCUGCGAUGCAGAAAACAUUUUAAACGAGACUUUUAGCAUGAUCCAAUCUAAUGUUCUUUCUGGUGAGUUGAAGGACAAGUUAACUGUCAGUCCCUUAAAUUCAAAACUGGACACAAAGAAAAAGAACCUUUCCCUUCAUGAAUAUAAGACUUCUUGUGCUGUAUUUAGUGAGACCAUUUUGAUUGUAAGCCAUAGAAGCUCAGCAAGUAGCCAGGAUGCCAGCCUAACUCCAGACUUGCUGUUUUCCUCAAAUAUUAACAUUGAGCUGCAAACCUUAAUUUCUGUGAUGUUUUCUAAAAUCAGAGUUGACAGAGUAGACCAGCUGCAUUUUUCCUUAAAGUACUCCUAGUACAUGGCCAAUAGACCUUGGAAGAAAAAGUUCCUGUUUACAAACCCUGCCUUGGUUUUCAUUUUAAGUGUCUGGGGGUUUUGUUUUGUAUUAAGGAAUGUAUAGUCUGGACUACAGAAAGAAAAUAAUCUUUGUUAGUUCCACUUAAGAGAAACCACUUAGGAAGCUAUUGAAAGACACUUUGUUCUUUAAAGAUCUUAAGAUCAAGCCAAUUUUAUGAAACAAUAUCCCCACAAAGUAAUAUAUGUACUAGAAUAUAAGAAGAAAACACUGAUCUCUAACACUAUGAAAACAGUAACUGUUUGUUUCUUAGAAGCUGGAGCUGAAAGUUGGGUAAUUACAAGUUUCAAACUAUAGAAAAAUGAUAUUUUUUGUAGCUCCACAAGGCCUCAAGUUAAUGCCUACUAUGAAACCACUAUUCAGUAUCUUCUGGGGGAGGGGGGCACCAAAGUGCAGAUAGCCUCAAUUGUCCACAUAUUGUGAAGACUGGCACAGUUGUCUAUUUGCCUUUAUGUAGUCACACUGAUACUUAUUCCCUAGGAAAACAUUGGCUCUUCACUCCUGGGGACAAACACUUGUAGGUUUGUUUUGUUUUGUUUUGUUUUGUUUUGUUUUGUUUUUUUCAAGAAGGCAAGUUAACUUACAAAUACCAGCUAUUGGCUAUUUCAAGGUAAGUUUAGUGCAAGCUGGUCUUGUUUGUGUUCUUAGAAAAGGUUCAACACUUGCAGACGGUGAAUUAGGAAUUGUGACUGUCACCCUUUUUGUAUUAGAUCAGGUGCAGGGUUCUAAUUACUAGUCAGUGUGCACCAAGACACAAGAGUCAGGCGUCCUUAGCACUUCAAACUACAAUUUUGGACGUUUAAGGCUAAGUCAUAUUGGGUUUGUGAGUUGAUUCACACUCAAACAAAGUUUUCUUUUGUUCCAAAAAUGUGUUACAGGCACACUGCACUAAAUGCCCUUGCAUCUUUGUAAUGAGCAUCCUUCUUGGUCCCUGGGGAGUGAGAGGCACUCCUUGACUUAGGAAUAACAGGUUACUGUUUCGCCUUAUUGCUUCAUGUAGUGAAAUAAAGCAGAGAAAGCUCAA